GCUAUUAUGACCAACUACGAAAAGCUCAUUCAAGAAGAUCUUUUGUGUCUAUAAACCCACCUUAUAUGGUACCAGAAGCCUGCUCUUAUCAUGAAGACCAGGACCCUAAUUGGAAGCGUCAUCCACGCUUAUUAUCUUGGUGCAAGGAUCUAUACGUUAACCCUGCUGAAAAAUCGAUGGCAAGUGGACUACUAACUGAGUACUAUAUCAAAGCAGCCAACCGUAUUUAUUAUUUGUUCGAACUAUAUGGCGUGGAACAAAUUUAUCAUACUAAACAUAUUUCGGUUCCUAUGGUCACACAACUUAAACUUUCCGAACUCAAUCGUCUAAUUAAUAUUUUGCCCAUGGAAUGUGCCCUUGUUGAAAUGAAAGACCUAUACUAUAACCCGUGGGAAAAUACUUAUAGCCCCAUUACGGAAACUGCAGAUAUGGAACCCUUAGUUAAAAAGAAGGUUGAAGAAGUUGAGGUGUUUGUGGUUGGCCUAUUGGAAGAUUUAGAUGAGAAGGAGCACGAUAAUCCUGAUAAUGAAAACCCGCCGCACGAAGAAAAAUUCCAACCAAAUACCGUACCUGAAUAUCAUCAAAAAACAGCUGAAAUUGGUCGUAAUAAUGGAAAAUCGA